AUUUUGUUGGAAAUCGAUUUGCUCUUUCUGGGAACUCCCUUCAGAUUCUUAACACUUGAUAUUUGGAAAAAGAAGUCAGGUGGACACAGUUGGGAAAAAAAGGAGGCAAACCAAUCAGAUCGCUGCUUCCUUCUUUGGCCAAUGACAGGCGCCACAUUGUUGUCAAAUUUGUCUAAUGAAAACGUAGGAGCAACAAUAGAGAGAGAGAGAGAGAGAGAUCUGUAUCCACUGACAAUCUCUGGAAGAAGUUAGUGUCUCAAGCUCAGCUCCUCCUGGACACUUUUCGUUCCUUCACGGGGAGGAAUGAUCGCUCCCGCAACGUUUGGAUUCGAUUGACAGACUCACCGGACGCUUUCCGUUAGAGUUUCGAGCCCAGUUUGAAUGCGUCAACAUCUGUCCGACGUCACCUGUUGCGCGGAGAUGAACCGCUGAACGCGUGCGGAAGAGCGACGUUACAUUUUUAAUCUCUAACAGAUCUAUUAGCGCAGCGCCGUCUUCUGAGAUAAAGUUUAGCAGUGAGGGACCGGGGAAUGGAUCUCAGACCGGAACUCCCAGCAGCUUCCUCCGCAUCUCAAGUCCACCCGAGCGCAGCGGCAGCCGCGGCGGCCGCGGCUUCGAUCCCGGUGUCCAUGGCCGGAAACCUGUUGCGCGGGCCUCCGCUCCUGCUGCGUGCGGCAGACAAGUACCCGCGCACCCCGAAGUGUGCCCGCUGCAGGAACCACGGCGUGGUGUCCGCACUGAAGGGCCACAAGCGCUACUGCCGCUGGAAGGACUGCAUGUGCGCCAAAUGCACGCUGAUCGCAGAGAGGCAGCGGGUCAUGGCUGCGCAGGUGGCGCUGCGCAGGCAGCAGGCGCAGGAGGAGAACGAAGCCCGAGAACUGCAAUUGCUCUACGGCACUGCGGAAGGACUCGCACUAGCCGCCGCCAACGGCAUCAUACCGCCGCGUCCGAACUACGAGGUGUUCAGUUCCCUCAACAGCGAAAGCAACUCAGAUUCGAGCAUCCAGAAGUAUGAACUGUUUCCAAAGAACCAGCUCUCUGGUUCCGCCACGCCUCAGCAGACUGUCGGGAAACCGGCGUCCGCCGAAGCUGACCCGGCGCAAAUCAUCUCCUCUCCAGACGGGCGUCACGGAGGCUCGGGGUCCGAAAACGGGGACAGCGAGUCCUUCAUCGGCUCUCCGGUGUCCAAGCCCUUAAAGGACGGAGAGGACACUCCUCGGUCCGUCAGCUCGCUGGGGUCUGAUUCCGGUUCUGAGACCGACAAAGACGAGCAGGAGCCCUCCCCGUCCUCCGCGGCCUCGCGGCACAUGAACGCCAUCGACAUCCUGACGCGCGUGUUCCCGAGCCACAAGCGCAGCGUGCUGGAGCUCGUGCUGCAGGGCUGCGGGAAGGAUGUGGUCCAGGCCAUCGAGCAGAUCCUCAACAAUGGCGGCGCGCAGGCUCCCGCCAAGGCCGGGCCCGACGAGACGUGGACGCCUGAGCGUGUGCUCCAGAGCGCACAGCAGCCUCCGCCCGCCGCCGUGUCCACAACCGCCCAGGCUCGGCCCAUGCUGCCUGGUGCCAUGACGCUCAGUAACCGCUCCGCCUUCUCUCCUCUUCAGCCCAACGCUCCGCACUUCGGCGCAGACCCGAGCACCUACCCGCUGGGCACGCACCUGGGACUGAACCCGCUGCGGCUGGCAUACUCCGCGCACAGCCGGGGCCUGGCCUUCAUGACGCCAUACUCCACCACGGGGCUGAUGCCCACGCUGGGCUUCCGGCCCCCCAUGGACUACGCCUUCAGCGACCUGAUCAGGGACAGGACGGUGUUACACAAGGAGCAGAGCUACGGCGGCCUGUACGGACCUCUAGUCAACAACACGCCGGACAAACAGUGAGGCGGCCCGCUCGGCUGUCUGUAGACUCAAGUGUUGAAUGUUCUGGCGAAAAUCUGUGCUGUCGGUUUUGGCUCCGGGCUCCUGUAAAUAAUAAAAUUAUCUGCUUGUACUCAGACUUUCCGAAAGAGGGUAAAAGAUUGGGUAAAAACAAACACCUCACAUUUGUAUUGUUCUCAGUAACGUAGGCGUUCCACAUUCCACCUGAUUCCACGUUAGGCCUUUGCACGAAUGAAAUAAAACCGAGUCGAAAUUAUAAUGCGCAAAAUCAAACAAAUACAUUUCUGUUAGGAUUUCCGUUAUGGAUAUGACCAAUAUUUUAUUUUGCAACUUUAAGUGUAUUGUCUGCCCAGCAAAACGAAAUUGAAAAAAAUCACAAAAGUGAAAAUUUCUCACAUUACGCACCACACAGUUAAAUUAUUAUAGGUAACAUGUGUUUUAGGGAUUUUAAUCCCAUUAAGAAUGUCCACUUGUAAAAUUUGAACUAAUGAUCACCCAUCCCUUUUUUUGCCUUAAGUUUAUUUCAGUCUUCUCCAUAAUCUGUUACUUGUUCUCAUCUCCGUCUGCCUGUGUGAUGCAUUAAUAUGAGGCGCUAUAUUUGACUUUCAGUUAUCCAUUAGUCAGCUGCUCAGAUAUUUUGUGACAAAGUGCUGAAACAAGUCGAUUCCUUUUGUGCUGUCACACUGUAUGAAUAUGCUGGAAAUAAAUGUUAUUUUAAAGAAAGUGU